CUCUGCAUCAGAGCUGGGGGCUGCUCUCUAAGGGCUUCAUGUUUAGAGCAUUUUAUGUUUCAGAGACGAGGAAACAGUUGCAGCCAUGACUCAGUUUUCAGAACUUCAUGAUGCUUCGUCUAAACCAUGGACUCAGCUCAGUUCCUUCACAGCUUUAGUUUUCCUUCUUCUAACACAAAACUGUUCAGGUCUUCCCCAGGUGGUCGGUCCGUCUCAGCCGGUCCUGGCAACGGUUGGUGAUGACGUUAUUUUGUCGUGUCGGCUGGAACCUGCCGUUGAUGCUUCAGACAUGUCCAUAGAGUGGUCCAGAGAAGACCUAGACCCUUCAUAUGUCUAUGUGUGGUGGGAUAAAGAGGAACUGGAAAGUUCCAAACAUCCUGAUUAUAAAGGAAGAACUUCAUUGUUAUUUAGUAAACUGGAGUUUGGAGACGUUUCACUGAAAAUCUCCAAAGUGAAACUGUCUGAUAAGGGAAAAUACAGAUGCUUCAUUCCUACACUGGGUGAAGGAUCUACUGUUGAACUGGUUGUUGAGGAUGUGUUUCUGUCCCAGUCCAGUUACAUCCUGAUUAUAGUUGGGUCAGCUGCUGCCUUCAUCCUCUUAAUUCUAGCAGUUGUUUUUUUUGUUCGCACAACAAGACAAAACAGGAAAAGGACGACUUUGGUAAAUGAAAAGCAAGAAGAGCUUGAACUAGUCCAGGGUGAGAAACAGAAGUUUCUGUACACCAAAAGAAGUUUGAUAGAUGAGAAGCUGAAGUUGAUGAAGACUGAGAGGAAACUGAAUAAUAAGAUCCAGAACAAGAUCCAGGAGCUGGAUGAAAUGAACUUUGAUACCAACUCUGACCCUACUGGGAGUGAUGAGAAGAAUCUACAGGAAGAGUUAGAGAAGCUCCAGGAUGAGAAGCAGAAGUGGAUGAAGACUGUUGUAAACCUGAAGACAGAACUCCAGAACAUGAACCAGGAGCUGGAGCUGGCAGGACCCAUAACUGUAGAAGAAGUCAGUGAAUACGGCCGCUACAUUCGUCUCAAGAACAUUUCCUCUGAGGAGAUAAAACUGGGAGGCUGGAAGUUAGAACUACAGAUUAACAACAGAGAACCAAACAUAUUGAUGUUUGAUGAGUCAUUAAAACUUCAGGCUGGAAAGAUUCUCACUAUACGGGACCCAUUAUGGUUCUUCAAACAUCCUGAUGAUGUUGAUCUGGUGCGGUCAGACAUGAUGUACUGGAGGCCUGAAGACGAACUGCAGAUGAAGCUCAUCAGCAACAAUGGAGAGAUCUUCAGACUGCUGUAAUGUGAAUAAACAUGAGAAACAUCUUUUUUAUUUCUGCAUUCAUCAAAGUGAGCCUUUGUUUUUUUUAUAAAUAUCAAAUUCAACUCUUUUAUCAUUUAGAUUUUAUUUUCUAAAACUUGCUUUCAAAUGUCCAUUUUGUAUUUUUAUCUAAUUGUUAAGGAAUUGUGUGAUGUGGAGAGAAGAAUCAGGAGACAGACUCAGAGACUCUCUGAGACUCAGAUGCUGAUGCUGAGAAUAAGGUUUACUGAUAUCAGGAGAAAUGAUAGAGAGUAACACAGUGAUGAGAGCAGCGGCAGCAUCACUUCUGAGGAGUCUCUCUGGCCUUGGCUUUAUAUGGAGUUGGAGGAAUGUCAAAUGUAGGUUACAGUCCAAGUAUAGUGACAUCUUUGUUCAUUAAUGGACAGUAAUAUAGUCAUGUUUUCUUUACAGCAGUUGUCUCUCACUCACAUGUCUUCCUUGGCAGGCGUCUGUCUGUCUCAUAUUAGGAACAGAGAGUUCAUAAACAUGUUUACAGCCUCAAUUUAGGAGAAACAGGGUAAAGAGUGACAGCCUGUAGAGUAGUUUGGGGUGACUUGGUACCUACACUUGAUUUAAGGAUCUAAGGUGACUGCAGCUGGCAGAAGUAGCGGCAGAUGGGAUGUCAUAAACUAACAGCUGUGAGGAAUUUCCUGAGUCAUGAGAAAGAGUCAUUUUUCCUUCACAUUUAUUAAAUCCAUGUUCAGUUCUGUGGAAAACUCAUUAGGAUUGUUGUUUUAUCAAAGUUGUAAUGAACAGAAGAUACAACAGAGAAGACCAGAAAUAUGUACAACAUUAAAACAAUCAGAACAAAACGUCUUCUACAGGUUAAAGUCAGUUUUUAGCUUCACCUCCUUUUGCUCUUCUUCAAACUUCAUGUGUCGACUGUCUUCAGGUUUUCUUCAGUAAUCUUGUAUUUCAUUGAAUAAAUCUUUUUUUUGCCACUUAA